GCUUCAGCUGUUGCUCAGGGAGAGCAUCUGGGGAGUACCUUGCUGACCACUGAGAAGAUGAUGAGCUCAAACUAUUGGAGUGAGAUGAGCAGCAGCAGCUGUGGGACUCAGCAAUCCCCAGAAGGGCUGCAGUGCCAGCCCCAGCAUUACCACUGCUACCAUCAGUCAAGCCAAGCCCAGCAGCCUCCAGAAAAAAAUGUAGUGUAUGAGCGAGUGAGGACUUACAGUGGGCCCAUGAACAAGGUGGUUGAGGCCUUGGACCCCAUCGGCUCACGGGAAGUGUGCUCCUCUCUCAAAACUGCCUCCUCCUACCAAAGCUUGCUUUGGAGCGACCGUUCCCAGGAACUUCAUUCUCCAACUCUGAAAAUAUCUACUUGUGCCCCAAGCACUCUACAUAUAACCCCAAAUACUGAACAGGAACUCCAUUCUCCAACAGUGAAAGUCACUACAUAUCCGCAGACCACUAUUAGGCAAUAUGUAGUGCAAAAUCCUGAACAGGAACCACUGUCGCCAUUCCUAAGAGGAGGCCAUUUCUUUCCAGGAAAUAAUGUUAUUUACGAAAAAACCAUAAGAAAAGUGGAGAAGCUAAAUAUGGAUCAGGAAUGCUAUCCUCAGGUUCAGUGCCAUCAUCACAUUGUCCAAUAGCCCCAGAUCUUCCACUCUCUACACUGUCAACAAUCCCAUUCUAGCCAGCAAAUCCAAACCAUCACAGGAAGUGAUUCAAUUUCUACAAACACUGGAAUUGAACUGUGUCAUAGUGACUCAAACCAUACACAUGAGCAGGUGAUAAUUCAGGAUGAUGGCCCUGAAAACUUGGACCCCAAAUAUUUUGGAGAGUUGCUUGCUGAUCUAAGCCGUAAAAAUACGAAUUUAUAUCACUGCUUAUUAGAACAUUUGCAGAGAAUUGGAGGAAGCAAACAAGACUUUGAGUCUACAGAUGAGUCAGAAGACAUUGAAUCGUUGAUUCCUAAAGGAUUGUCAGAAUUUACAAAACAGCAAAUUCGCUAUAUUCUGCAGCUUGUAAACGAACUUUUUAUUCUGUAUAGGUACAGGUCACAAUAUCCAAUCCUAGGCCUCCUGUAUGAUGACUAUGAAUAUAUACCACCAGGUAGUGACACACGGACUACUGUGAUUGAGAAAACAGAAGACAAAUGGACUUGUCCGUGA